UGCCCCUGAAAGCCACAGUUACCGUACGUGACGGUGUGCUACAAGCAGCGGCUGCUGAGAAAGACGCACCUCUCUUCUCUUCUUAUCUUUAUUUUGUUCCUUUUAAAGUAAACUGGAAACAAUUACUGGAUUUUUCAGGGGGUUUUUUUUCUCAGUUUCUAUCUUAAAUUACAUUUUAGGACCGUGGUAGCCAUGGAGAAGCAUGACUUUACAAGGAUGGAUCCAGCUGGAGAGAUUUUACGCACCGCGCCUUUUGGAGCGUCGAUGCAAAUUACAGUGUAGAAAAACAUUUUUAAAAAAAACUUCACAGAAUAUUAUUGUAAGUGCGCUCUGCGUGUGCACUGUACAUAAUGAUGAGGUACGGAGUGGUGGUCCUUACUGCUGGGUUUACAGGUUUGCUCAGUUUUAGCCUCCUCGCUGUGGCUAUUGGGACUGAUUACUGGUACAUCAUCGAUGUGAAUAAAUCCAACCACACUGGUUCAGAGGACCUGAGUUCACAUUCUGGACUGUGGAGAAUUAAUGAAGGAGCAAACAGAAGCUCAGUCAUCCCAUCUUUCACAGCAAAUAUGUCCAGCCUGUCAGAAGCAGAACGACAUCUUCUCGGCUUGCACAAGGUGGUGGUCAUCAUGUUGCCCCUCAGCCUCGUCCUACUGGUGUUUGGUUGGAUCUUUGGACUUGUCAGUUCGUUAGCCAGCAGUCCCAAAUUGUUGGCUGGAUCAGCUUCCUAUUUUCUCUUCUGCAGUCUUUUUACCCUGACUGGGGUCAGCAUCUACAUCAAAUAUUCUAACCAGGCCAUGGAGGAGUUCGAACGGAUCGUGUCUCCAGAGAACUUCCCCAACGUGGAUGUUUCCUUUGGCUGGUCCUUAGCUGCAGCUUGGCUGUCCUACAGCCUGGAGGUGGCCACUGGUCUACUGCUCAUGCUAGCUGCCAGAAUAACUCAGAUGAAAGGACACUACGACUCUGGUGUAGCCAUCGCCAUAUUGUAGAUUGAUAUUUAUUUAUUUUUGAAGUUCUGCAUCUUCAAAGAGUAUUUUAAUAUCAUUAAGCAGGUUGAAAGCCAAGAAAACAACAUGUAGAUGCAAGCUGGGUUUAUAUAACUGUAAGCACACACACACAGAUGUUGUGACACUGAACAUUUUCAUUGUUUUCUCUGGCUAGUUGUGACCCUUACCUUUCAUCCUAUCAGUAUUAUUUUCUACCCAUUGUUCCAAUCCACAAUGAGGUCAGUGGCCACACAAACAGGAAAAGAGGCCUCUCAGUGUAAUUACUGCAUGAUUUUUCUUUCUUUGUAUGUUUGUUGAAGUGUUUUUGAGUAAUUUCAGCUUUGUGCUAACAUCAUACGUGUAUAUCUAAUCUCCAUUGCAGUAUGUACACAGUUCUGUAAAAGUCUGUUGUGAGAUGUAUCUUGACAUGUCUGUACCUUACAGAAACAGCUUUAUCUAUAAACCUAAACGCAAUAUGAACACACACACUAUAUGAGCACCCAUAUGUCAUACUGUAUUUAAAUAUGGUUCAUAUUAGUGCUUCAUGGUUUUCAUUCAAGUGAAAACAUUGCUGAUUCUGCAGAAGAAUACCACUCGGCAACGGAGCCACCGAGACUCUAGCACACGGUCACAACUGGUACUGUAUAUAUUUGACAGCUGCUGCAUUGUUAAUCAAUGCGCAUUUCACAGCGCUUGAAAAGCAUUUAGCAUCUGCUUGAUGUAGAAGUUAAGACAAUUAUUGCUGCUGAGUAUUGUGACUUUUAGAGAAACAUAGAAAACGUUACUUGGUGCCUCCUGUUUUAAAACCUUAUCCCUGUCCCCAACCUAAUACAUUAAUCAUGGAAACAGGGCUGAAGAUAAGUUUGCAAGAUAAGUGCGCUCUGGGGGAUUCUGCAAGCUGCUUUCAGCAUCAAAGAAUACGUCCAUGUGUUGUUGCCUGCUUUGCAGUAGUUAGCAGCUAGAUAUUGUAAUGUUCUGUCUGUGCUAUCCAUUUCUAGAAAUGAGACUUCUCUGCAUAUUGUAAACAAAAAAAGCACUGUGAAAAUACAACAUUUAGCACUUUGCAAUGCUGUAAAAUGUAUUGUGUUGUUCCUUUUUCAAUGCUGUAACAAACCUUGCUUCCGCUCAUGUAGUGGAACUUUUCUUAAUUAAUUGUGACAGCAAUGAAACAUCAAUCGAGCUGUAACGUGAAUGCUGUAACGACAACAAAAAAAGACAUUUGUCAAAUGGUUUCAGGUGUCAGUGACAGACUCUGUAAUCAAAUGCCCUGAAGUUUUCUGUGUUGUGAGACAAUAUACAGUAACAUCAUCUAAAACAUCAUGAUUAUUUGUUAAUUCAUGCAUUGUGUAUUUGUUUUGCGUAUUCUAAUAUAAUUCUGAGCCAAUAAGGGUUGCAGUUAGCAGAAUACCUAGCCACUAUGCCUUGAGAUGAAUCAGUACCGCCUGCCUCUGAAUGUAAAUGAAGCACAGCAGGAGUCAGGCCUGACAGAAAACCAAUUGGGUCAAGACAGCCUAAAAAUAAUUCAGAAAUGUCUGACCAAUAUGUUUUUACACUCUAUGGCGGUUACAUUAAUUCAAAAUAUAUGUGCACAUUGACAUUCAAUCAAAAAGUGCGCUCAUAGUACUCAUUCAUUGUUCAGUUCUAUAUUUUUUGUGGGUAAUAUGCUUUAAAAAGUAGGGAUGUGUCUAUAAAAUAGGUGAAGAAGAUGAUACUGUGGCAGUGUGAACAUGGCAGGCUCCAAAGCAUCCAAAAUGUUUUUUAAAUGUUUUAUUAAUUAAAAAAACAACAACAAAAAAGAACAGUUAAA